AUGGACUACUUGGCCUCGAGCAAAGACAUUUUCCACCUCUUCCCGCGAUUUCCCCUCGAGAUCCGCAGGCUGAUCUGGGAGCAAGCUCGCGCAGAGUCUUACAUGUUCUGCGCAUUUAACACGGCAGCGUCGAGCAGCAACAACACGCCGCAGCAAGCGAGGAAAAUGGUAAGCUGGCGUCAGACCAACACCGUCCUCAGCUGUCGUGAAGCGCGCCAGGCGAUACCAGACUCGCCAUCACGCGUCGGGCUCAUCCAUUUUGCCAAAUUUGUCGGGCAUAUUUUCAGUCACCGCAACCACCCCAGUAUGCAGCAUUCGAGAGAAGGUCAUUUGUUCGUGGCCAUGGAUUCCGCCAUGAUAAACUCUCGUUCAGCGAGUGAAAUCUACCACGACGUGCUGCAACAGCACCCGGAGUGCCCGGGCGGGUGCGUGUACCUCAAGAACUUGGUGACGAUUGGAAGUUCGUGGCACAUAGCCGAGACCGAGAAUUUUGCAGCCCUCAAGGAUGAACCGAUCAUGAGCCUAAACCUUUGGGCGGAUGUGUUGCCUACAAUGUCGACACUGCCGGACGGCACCCGUUCGAGCGACUUUCUGACGACUCCUUCAAAACGCAGACGUUGGAGGAAAGAAGCGCGCCAUGUAGAGCUAGAGAAGGCGAGGAGGGCGUGUGCACAUAUGUCCGCGUGCUUCGAGGUGCGGUGGAGCGUUCCAGAGGUUGACGAACUGUACCAUGUCAUGGAAUAUGUAAUUCAGGCGUUCCCAGAAUGUGUUCCAGUCAUGUACCUAGCAGCAUUGGAUAAAUGA